CACGCGAUUCAGCAGGACCGCGCGUGCGCUUGCAGGGCGGAGACUGGGACGGCAUCAGUCAGUCCGGUCGCAUGUUUGGAUCCCUGAAAGUUACCGUCAGCGGACCAGCUGUAAAAUGUCUUCUGGGACGCCGUUUGUAAAUGAGCAGCAGAUUUAUCGUCGACGUGAUUUAGAAGGGCUGCCGUCAGAACACCAGAGGAGAUGGUCUGCUGCCCAACCGGUCCACGGUCCAAGGUAUACCGGACUACAGCAGCAGCCACACCGGGUUGAUGGCAGCCGGACCCGACCUCGACCUCCCGUCGACCCCAGCGCCGGGUGGCCCCAUGUGGACGACCCCACCACCAGAGAGCCUCGGCUGGACGACUGCGAGCGGAUGGGGACUCUGUUUGGGAUGCUCAACAAGUGUCUGCGGGGGAUGGGCUUCAGCCAGAUGUACUUUGGGGACAAGAUAGUGGAGCCGGUAGUGAUUGUCUUCUUCUGGCUGCUCCUCUGGUUCCUGGGGAUCCAGGCGCUGGGACUGGUGGGAACUCUGUGCAUCAUCAUCAUCUACAUCCAGAAGUAAUGAGAGCUGACGAUCUGAGUGGAGCCCGCUGUUUUCUUUGGCUAAUGCUUACACAUGCAGGACUCAUGCUAAUGGAUGUUUGGAUUGGAGUCUGCAGUGGGUCUGCACUUUUUGUAGAGAGGGCUGUACUACUCAUAGUGACGGUGGCUUAGUGGGUUUCUAGAAAAGAUUUGAAGCUUGUUCAGUCAGAAAGUCCAAAGCUGGACCCAUUCCUCAGGACUGUUUGGACUGGAUGUCCUCCUGGAGCAGUAACACAUGGGCUGCUGUCUCUGCUGUUCUCAUCAUGACUGCAUGGUGUUGCUCAGAGAACAGGAAGACAAUGAGGGGAAAUGGUUUCUUUCUUUUUAAGUCAAAGGCGACAGAGUGACGGUCAGGAGUCCCAGCAGCACUCACAAAACACAGCUGCACAUGUCUGUGCGUCGAGUGUUUGACUUAAAAAGAAACUAACACGCAGUAAGUUAAUGUGACAACUCCGAUAAUAUCGUAAGAAACAGUGUCUGACGCCGACAUGCAGUACAUUCAAUGCUCUUGUGGAAACUUUCUGUAAAGUGUUUGCUUUGUGAGAUGUACUAGGAAUGCACAGGACUGUGGCUGAUCAGUGGGGGAAUGUAAUAAUAUUAUUUCAUAACCAGAAUGUCAGCUGCUCAUGCAGGGCCUUUCAGUGGAGGGGGAUGCCAUCUGUAACACCUGGUUCUGAGUGGGGACCAGACGUGAGCCACCUUGCCCCUCCAUAUUUUUCUCCUCUGUUCGCUAAGUCGUGGUGCCUGUGCCUGUCUGAUGAGCUCGCUUCCUCUUUCUUAAAAAAGAACCCCCCAGAUGAUCACCGAUCACUGUUAUCGGCCCUGAAGUGGCACAUCGGUGCCUUUCUAAUAAAGGUGGAAGGCUUCUUCAUGUCCAGGAAACUGACAGAAAUCUGAAGCACUUGUGACUUCUCACAUUCAUGGAAAGAUAAUGAAAUAAUAAAUUGGUAUUAAAGGUUUUAGUUCUGGAA